UCGCUUUCUCUCUCGUGAUGCCUUCACGUGCCGUCGAAAGUAGUGACUGCAACGAUUGCAUGCGUAGAUUUUAUGAUACAAUUAGUAAAAACUUAUUUUUAAUUUCACAUACAAUGCAUUUAUUUUGCACAGAAACUUGCAGACCUGGGGAGUCGUGAGAUGGUGAACGUCCACUUUAAAGUACCCUAUAAUGUAGGCCCCCUAGGUUAAUCCAAGUAAAUGACCUGUUUUUGCUGUUUUUAUAUUUUCCACAACAGAGAAUAGCUUGUUUAGAAAACCAGAAACAGCCCAUUCAUACGUUUAUUUCUCCGAGUAAGUUUUCUUUGUAUUUAUUUACUCAAAUGCGCGGAAACAAGCUGCACUUUUUCCAUCGAACGUGACGAAUCCGAGUUGACGGGUCGCCGCUGAACGCACCGCGAGGCCUUGUGACGUCAGCCGCUCCCCUGCGCUCCCCUCUAGCAGCCAGUCAGAGAAGGGAUGCUCUGAACGAAAGACUGCAGCAUCUUCACCGAGAGAACGAGCAGAGAAAAACGUCUCUUUUCUCCCUCCAGCUCCGCGUCUCCGGACCCUCCUUCACCCUCAGUCACCCCUGGGUGCCUCUUCACGAUCGGAACCAGGACAGAAUAACAAGAACGAAUUUAUAACAACCUACAAAAUAACGCAUCGGAUUUUUUUUUGUAUUAUUGUUAUUAUUGCUUCAUCGACCUUUUUUUUUCUGUCUUUCUUCGGCUGACUUCGCCUCUUUUGUCCCUUCGGUUGUGUAUUUUUGUUUUCUUUAAUUUAUUGUUCCGUCGUCGGCUGUUGCGGAGGAGCGCCACCAUCCUGCACUGCCUGACAUGAGAACGCUCUUUUCUCCGGUUGCAGCGGAAUGACACACAUAUCCUAGCCCGCAUAUCUGAAGCUUGAUGGAAGAUUGACGCUCCAUUUGCACUUUUUAGUAGCCUAGAUCAUCCUCCAUCUGCAGAGGUUUCGGAUUUUUCCUCCUCUUGAGCCGAUCGUCCAGCGUCCUUCUUUCUUUCUCUCCCCUGCGCAGCAUCUCUGUCCGCACAGCGCACCGCGGAGACACACGCAGCUAACGUUCUCCGUCCGUAAGAAACAAAGCGUACUUUUCAGAUUCCGAAAUCGCUUUCGCCUUCCUCUGAAGACUCCUCUGCACGGCUACGCUGCGUAAAAAAAAAAAAAAAAAAAAACACCACGGGAAAAAGGGGGAUUUAAAACGCAAACGCAGCCCAAGCAUCCAAGAGCAAGCUCGAAAAUGAUGGCCGGCGGAGCAGUACAGCAAAACGGGAUUUUCACAAAUCCUCACCAUCAUAAUCAACAACCACACAUGGAGUCCGAUCCCCCGGACUCACGUAAAAGACCCUUGGAGACUCCCACGGAGGCCAGCAGCACCAAACGCACAAACACGGGAGUGGCCUUCCUGCAGCCCAUUUUUGAAACUGAAGGCAUUGUAUUCCCUCACCAAGAAACUGAGACUCAUGAGGAAGGCGAGUACUUCCUGAAGGUUUUGAUUCCCAGCUAUGCUGCGGGGUCGAUCAUCGGGAAGGGAGGUCAGACCAUCGUCCAGCUGCAGAAAGAAACCGGAGCCACCAUCAAACUGUCCAAAUCCAAAGACUUCUACCCCGGGACGACAGAGCGCGUGUGUCUGAUCCAGGGGACGGUGGAGGCGCUGAACGGCGUCCAUGACUUCAUCGCUGAGAAGGUCAGAGAGAUGCCUCAGAGCACCCAGAAGACAGAGCCGGUCAGCAUCCUGCAGCCACAGACCACCGUCAACCCCGACCGCGUCAAACAGGCCAAGCUGAUCGUCCCAAACAGUACGGCGGGGCUGAUCAUCGGUAAAGGCGGCGCCACAGUCAAAGCAGUGAUGGAGCAGUCCGGGGCGUGGGUCCAGCUAUCCCAGAAGCCCGAGGGCAUCAACCUGCAGGAGCGAGUCGUCACCAUCAGCGGGGAGCCCGAGCAGAACCGCAAAGCCGUGGAGAUCAUCGUCCAGAAGAUUCAAGAGGAUCCCCAGAGCUCCUCCUGCCUCAACAUCUCCUACUCCAACAUCACCGGGCCCGUCGCCAACUCCAACCCCACCGGUUCUCCUUACGCCAACUCCACAGAGGUCAUGCCGGCCGCGGCAGCCGCUGCAGCAGCCACGGCUUCCUCUCUUCUGGGCCAGGCCAGCUUGGCGGGCGUCGGCGCGUUCCCGACCACCAUGUCCAGCCUCUCAGGCAAUGAUCUGCUCGCAAUCACCUCCGCACUCAACACUCUGGCCAGCUACGGCUACAACACCAACUCCCUGGGCCUGGGCCUAAACCCCGCCGCCGCCUCAGGCGUGUUAGCCGCUGUAGCAGCUAAUGCUAACCCAGCAGCAGCAGCCGCAGCUAAUUUGUUAGCAUCCUACGCUAGCGAUGCAUCCACCAGCGCAGCUCACCCGGCCACUCUCGGAGGUUUCUCCCUGGGGUCUCUGGCUGCAGCUACAGGGGCGACCAACGGCUACUUGAGCGCCGCGUCGCCACUGGUGGCGUCAUCUCUACUCGCUACAGAGAAGCUCGGAGAAGGAGCGAAGGAAGUGGUCGAGAUCGCCGUGCCGGAAAACCUGGUGGGAGCCAUCUUGGGGAAAGGCGGGAAGACGCUAGUGGAGUACCAGGAGCUGACUGGCGCCAGGAUCCAGAUCUCCAAGAAGGGCGAGUUCAUCCCCGGAACCCGGAACAGGAAGGUGACCAUCACGGGUUCCCAGGCCGCCACGCAGGCCGCACAGUACCUGAUCAGCCAGCGAAUCACCUACGAGCAGGGGGUACGCGCCACCAACCCACAGAAGGUGGGCUAAACCUGACAGCCAAUGAGAAACGAGGAGGAAAAGAGGAAAAAAAAAAAAGAGUGGGGGCUCGGGGGAGGAGUAUAAAAAAAUUGAGAGUGAGAAUGGAAAAAGGAGAGGAGAGCAAGAAUGUCAGAAGGAAAUCGUCCGCGCCGUUUUCUUCUGCGUGUUUUCAGUAUUCUUUAUUAAAAAAAAAAAGUUUUUUGACGCGGAGCAAAAAUGUGCUGAGAAGACGAGGAGGGAGAGGAGCGAGUUGUCACGCUGAAAAACCAAGAAAAAAAUGUGUAACAUGUAAAUAAGGUUUUAUUACUUAACGUCUUGACCUUUUGGGAUUUUUUAUUGUUUUGUUUCUUGUUUUUGUUUUGUUUAGUAAAUUAAGCUGUCUGUUUGUUUGUGUAUUGUGUGGACAAAGCUGAAUGCCAUGUAGACAGGCCGACUGCCUGAGAGGCUACAGGAAGUGAGGGGAGUGAGGGAGGGGCAUGGGCACGGAGGGGGAGGGGAGGAGGGUUCUACCAGGUACAAUCCUCCACCCCCCCCCCCCCACCCCCCCUUAUCCAAAAUCCCUUCCUUAUGGAAGCAAACCCCUUACCCCUCCCUCCCCCUGAAGCCCACACUCACCACCCUCCUGCAGGGUUUUUGUUUUUCUUCUAGAUUUGAUUUGCCCCUCAGCCCCCUCGCCCCACCUCCCCCCCAAAGCCCCCGUCACUACUUGCCCCCCACCCCACCCCACCCCAACCCCAUUUAUAAGGUUUUAUAAUGAGCAAGACUGCAAACUUCAGCCCGGUGUGUGAAGAGAAGGAACGUCCCCGACUUCCCUCGACCACUCUAACACUCUCACCUAUGAUCUCAUCUCCCCCCUCCUCCCCUCUAUUUGGGGGAGGGAGGGUGAGGUGAACGAGGGGGGGGGGGGGGGGGGGUGUUGGCGGGAGAGAAUCAGUUGGGCGUUCCUUCAUUUGCACACACAAGCACACCCGAUCUCCACCCCCCAUUAUACCCCCAUGAUGUAUCCCACAAGCAGUGCAGCGCCGCAGGGGGUGUAAUGACACGUAGUGCCCCCCCCCGUCCCCCGUCCCCCCCUGUCCCCCAUACGCAGCUCUAGUGUUUGAGAUAGACGGCCCCGGCGCACGCUGAUGACCUCACGUAGUGCGAAAACCUAGAAAACGACGAGAGUGAUACUGUGCAAGCUGCGGCAAACACACAGGAUCUGUGGCAUUCUCUGCAUCUGCUGUGAUAAUUCUGUUAAUGAUUUUGUCCUGAUUAUUACGAUAGAAAUCAUCACCAUCGUCAUUAUUUAUUAAUGAGUUCACCCAUAAAAAACUCAGUUAUUUCUUUUUUUUAUCUGUGAAUUCAGGUUGACAUGAAUGUAAAUGAGACUAUUUUUGAUUUAAAUCUUUUUGUUUUUAAUUUAAGUGGAUUGAAGAUGAAUAGUAAUGUCACAUAGUGUAAUAUAUGUCUUAUUUAAGUCCAGUAAGAAAGCCGCCCCAGGCAUUAAGGUCAUUAGAGUGAAGGAUCACCUUCUAUAUAUCCAGUCAGAGAGCAGACCAGGGAACACGAACACACACACACACACAUGUACACACACACACACACUAUAAUGCCAUGUUUGGUGCUAGAAAAGGGAAUUCUCCAUAUCUAUGAUGCAGACUGCAGGGAGACCUCGAUUUUUAGCAAGAACAUAUCUUGAAACCACUCACAACACAGGCUGCUGUGCAGCGUUUUAGCAGCUAUAUUAACCUGAAACCUCCUGUUAUCAUGCUAAGCUAACCGAGCUAAUGCUGCAAAUAUCCCUGCUGUUCUAUAUCUGUAGUGAAAUGCCCUGCUACAGUUUGCCUACAAUGUCAAAUUGUUACAAAAAAUGAAUAAUUGAGUUGAGCUGAGACUCGUUCUCAGAUGAACUGCUACAGCCUGUGGUCUCCAAACCCUAAGAUGAACCACAGACGAGAUCAAGUUAGAGCACUUAAGACUCACUACGUACUACUGAGAAAUGCAAACAUUGAGUCAGAGGAAACACUGAAACUUGACGAGGGAACAUUGUUGGCCCCGGGUGCACUGCUAAAUCUGCAAUCCUCGCUCGUAGAUUUUGCUGUUUUCAGGCAGCGUGCAUAUCAGUCAGGGAGACGAAUAUCCUCACUGAUCUUUGCCCUUAUCAAGCAUCCGUCCGCCUGCCGAUCAGGUAAAGGGCAGACAGGAGAGAUUUCAAAACAUACAUCCAGAGAGAUGAGCUCGUUUCUGCCUCCGGCAAGCUGCAGGUCUCCCAUGGCAACAGGUUCACUGCCCACUGUAGACCCAGGAGGCUGCUGAAGAUGUUUCUUUUGUUGUUUAUUUUUUUGUUUGUUUGGUGUUUUGUUUUUUACAAUCGGAGUACACUGAAUUUUGUCUUAAUGCACUGUGAAGCGAGGGAGCGGCUCUCUCGGCCUGUGAGGUCAGGGACGUGAGCUGUAGUUAUUGGACGGCUUUUGUAUGGCAGGGAUAAAAAAAAAAAAACUAAAAAAAAACACACACAUAUAUGAAAUAUAUGUCGAAUGCAUAUGAAGAACUUCACAAGGAAAUUGACGUAUCAUGUGUGAAUACUGAAGGAGAGUAGGUCGAUGAAGAAGAUCAAUCAAUGAGGUCAAGAGUUUGAGAUCAUUAGAGUCUUCUGUCCUGUGGUCCUGAUAAAGUGUUGUGUAAUGAGAGGGUGGGAUGUUGGGGGAGUGUUAGGUGUCCAGAAGCAGAUUAAAAGAGACUGGAACAAAUUCUAAAUUUCAAUUUUCUAUUGCAGCUGUGUCUUUUUCAUAAAAUUGAUAAUGUACUGUACAUCCAACGAGCAAAAUCCUGGACACAAACUCCAACAGGAGACCAAGUGUGAUGAAUGUAAAAAUGACAAAAAAUGUGGAGGGGGAGCAUUUGAUUUAUUGACCUAAGCAGCCUCGUGAGGGGAGGAAACUCCUCUAAGAUUAAAAAAAAACCAUCAACUUAAGAUUCUUUUGAAACCAAUCCGACCCCAAAGUCCUCUGAAUGUGUCACUCUGAGUUGGAGCGCCAGUGAGGGUUUAUCUCCACAGCUUGGUAAGGAGGCUUCUUUACUCCCAUCUAACACCAUCCACACUCUCCUCACCCUCCCUCCCACCCGUCCUCCAGUGCACUCCCAUCCUGACACCCCCCCUCUCCUCCUACCACAUCGCUCCAUGGGUGACUAUGUCUGGUGUUUACGAUCAAUGCAUGUCUGCUGCUUGCCCCCUGACAAAACACCACAGAUCGAGUCUCGGUUCUCUUUUGGCUCGGAGACGCCCCUGACGCAAGAAUUUCGACCACACCUGCAGAGGAAGUGGUAGCUGAGGCCGCAGGGCACCAAACACUCUUAAUCUGUCUGUAACAUUGAUUUGGAAUACCUUGCUGCACAGACAUAAAAACAUACACAUAUCGUGAGGGAAUAUUUUAGCGUUGAUGGGGACUGACUGGAGCUUUGUUUGAUAUUUAGAGGCAGAGGAAGAAAGUGUGCUUUUGUUCCACUGUGGGGCUGUACUGUGCUGUAAGCAGGGUUUUUAUUCUACUGCUUUAUUUAUCAUUCAUAGAGGGGGAAAAGAUGCUGAGGAUUUGCUUGCAUUUACACCUCUUUCAUCAGUGUAAAUUGAAAAUGUGUUCGUUCUCACUGUUGGUUGUCUACCAAGGAAUUUAUAGGACUGUUCUUUGAACUUUUAACCAGCAUUUCUCAAUAUUUUCUAACAUUUUUAAUGGUUGAACCAACGUUCAAUUAGUUAAAAUGAUUUUGGAAAUAGUUAUUUUUACAUUCUAAGCUUUUGUUAUGUUAUUAUCCUUCAGGGCCGGCCUGCUUUGCAUCUUCUUGAAAAGCCAUAAGGUGCAGAUUAUUAUUUUUAAGAGCAGGUUCAGUUUGUUGCCAAAUUUUCCUGAAGAGCUUCGAGUAGAUAACUUCCUGGUGUGCAGCACAGUACAUGCACGAUGGAAUAACUGCAUUGAAAUCUCUGUUCUAGUUCUCAGCUGAGUUGACGGAUACGGGACAGUUACUUCAUCUCAUGAAUCAAAACUUAAGUUCGAUAUUUCCUGGUUUGUCUUUUUAAAAACAGCCGAUCUCUUUAGUAAACGUACUGUUAGGGGGCUUGAGAUAAAAAAAUGUGACUCGUACUGGAAGCAAUACAUGUAGUGGCAUGUCGUCUUGUCCUGUCUUUAAUCCUCCGUCUGCCGUAGGAGCUUUUUGGACUUACCUGUAGAUGUUGAAUAGGUUUACACAGGUCAAGUUUUUGUUUUCAUUUGUGGAAGAUGCUGCUAUUGAAUAAUAACUGAUGUACUGAAAAUACAAGGUUAAAAACAUAUCGAAACCUGUCCUUUAGCUGAAGUGGCAGUGUAAUACACGCUCAGUGAUAAGCUGAAGAUAAGUUCAUAAUAGUGUCAUUCUAACCUGAAGUUAAACCUGUGCCAAAAUAGGUCUUUAAAUGUGUUGUUUUCCACCACAUUAGAUAAGAGGAGACAUACUUUUAUAUUAAGAAAAUGUGAAAAGUGCCAAAUGAAGCAUAUUUAUCAUUGACAUAUGAAGGGAUUAACCACAUGACGGUUUAUUCAAAGUAACGCUGGAGUCGCCUCAGUACUGCAGUUAGUUUCAGCCCUCUCUGUUCCUGCCACGCGAUGAGGGGGCCGCCAUGUUAGCCGAGUGUUAGCCAGGCCUCUGGGAACUACACGUCCCAGAAUGCAACAGCACUAUGACUCUGGGGCUAGACAAAUCAAUAUAGUCAUAGGUCGGCGUCAUGAUGCUUCAAAAUGUGACUUGAUAGCAUUCUUAAAUACAGCCUUUUAUAGUUAGAAUGAAAAUGUAUUUUGUGGAAAUAGAUGUUAUCUUUUUUGCACGUCUAUAUUGCAUGAUAUCAAAGUGAAGCGUGAACAACAACAACAAAAAAAAACAGGAAAAAAGCAAAGAAACAAAAAAGAAGCGACAAAAAAAAAAAAAAUUAGGCAUUCAAGUGUGUGGCAUUCAUUUUUUCCGGAGACAAAAUCUUUGCAUGCCGAUAAGGGGUCGAGCAUUUUGAUAUUGUUUUAACACGCGUUCAAAUGUUUGUUGUUUUCUCUCGAUGCGACCGCGCUGAGUCCUGGUGAACAAAAUGUUUUUUUCGACUUCACAAACAGAAUAAGUAUUUUGUCUUUUUGACUUGUCUCACCUUCCUCUAAAGGAUUAAAAAAAAAAAAACUCUCGAACAAAACCUAGGAAUAUUUUUGCUACUUGCUGAGCGAGCUUGUACCAAACGUUCUCAGUUGCUGCCAAACUUUAGAGAAACAAAAAAAAAUAAUCAGGAUUGAAUUUCAAAUGAAGACUGAGAUUGUCCAUGAAUGUACUCACCUCUGCAUAAGUUUGCAUAUCACUCCUCUGACCAUGACGUGCAGUAGAGGCUUUCCUGUGUUUUUCCUGUGUUUUUUGUAUUCUAACAUUACUAACCCUCGAUGCGCUGUCUCGAGCUCUGAGUUGAACUCUGUUUUCUGUCCUUUGACCCCCCCCCCCCCCACACACACACACACACACACACACACACUCACACUCACAGCUCUGGCCUGUCCUGUCCUUGAUAUGCACCUUAUUGACCUCAAAUAUAACACGGAGCAUCUCUGGCCCCGCCCGCUCUGUUUCGGCAAAGGGAGUGAGAAAGAGGGAAGAUAAACUCCCCCUCCUUCACCUUCUAUUCCCCCCCCCCCCCCCCCUUAAACACACACACACACAAGUCUGUCUGGGUCUCCCUCAGGCGCCUCGCUGCAGAAUUUGGGACAGAUUGUGUUUUCACUCCGCUGAUAUGCAAUCCAAAGCUCUGAUCUCGGGGAGAGAAACAACAGCCAACAUUGCCAGUGUGUGUUUUUUUUUAAGGCGGUAAUGUUUUGAAUCCUGAUUCCACCCCCGCUCUCUCUCUCUCUUUUUUAUUUUUGUUUUAAUUCGAUGCUUUAUUGGCUUCAGUGUCAAAGAAAAAAAAAGUUUAAAAAAAAAAUUGCCAAAGCGUGUCCACCUCCUUCCUUUUUUAUGCAAGCUCAGUUUUUUUUUUUUUUUUUAAGUGUGGUCAUGUUUUGUAUCCUGACACAAGUUGCCAUAGGAAACGACCCACUUCUUUAAAAAAAAAAAAAAAAACUCCCCAAAAAGAACAAAAAAACAAAAAUUCUCUGCUCCUCCCGACAUGUUUGCACUAAACGUCCUGCUGUUACUGUGCACGGCAGGCCGAGCUGAGGGGGGGUCAGUGUGCGAGACUACUGUAGAUGUGUAGCCUUACUGUAGGUGUAUUUCAAUGUGCAUGCUCCUCUCUCUCUCUCUCUCUCUCUCUCUCUCUCUCUCUGUCUGCUUCAGGUCGCUUCUUGCUCGUGCUGUCUGUGCUGACACGUAGCUGGCUAGCCAUGUUUUCUUCUUCUCCUCUCCUUUUUAAUUUUUUUUUUGAAUUGUUGUGAUGUGUAGAGGAAUGCAAACUUAACUCUCACCAGGUGACCUCAUCGCUUCUCAGUGGGUGUGGCUCUCUUUGACAUAGUCCCCUCCCCCCUUCUCCACCGCCACCUCCACAAACCCACUCUCACCCACACCCACCACUGACCCUCCCCACCUCUACGACAUUUUAUGGGACCCCUCUCUCCCCCCUUUUUCAACCACCCCCCCUUCCUCCCCCCCCACCAACUCGGGCCCCAUCGAAGCACCAGCAAGUGUAGACUGCAUUUGUCAUAUCACUGUUUUUCUGUUCCUUCUUCUCGUUCUCUGUUGGUUUUUUUUUUUUCCUGGUUUUUGAUUUGUACUGUAUGCUCUGUCUAACCUAUAGACCAGUUUUAACUAAAUGCCAUUUCUGUGUGUAGCCUGUUUACCCCUCCCACACACACACACACACACACACACACACACACACACUCUUCCAUGCCCUCUUUUUUGCACUUUCACUGCCCACUCCUCCUCUUCGCCCAAAAACAUACACACACACUUUCCUCCUCCACCUCCCACGAGUCUCUUCUCUCUCUCUCUCGAGUGCCAAAAUAGAACAGAGAGGAAGUAACAAAAACAAAAAAAAAAAAGACAACAACAACAACAACAACUACCAUUCCAAGCGUUUCUUUGAGUUGUUCUUGUGUGUCGGACAUCCAUCCUGGAAGCACCCAUGAAGCCAGCAUGCUCCGCCCUCAUAACAUGAUGUCGCUCAUGACGCCUCAACUUGAACAGCACCUUGCCCCCCACCACCACCACUCCUCCUCCUCCUCCUCACCACCCCCCACAGAGCUAAACCCGACAAGGAUUAACCCUUCUGCAGGUUGGCUACCUACCUACUGUCCUGCCUCUCAACCUACCUAAAAAAAGCCCCACCGCUCAUGCCAGCUGCUUUCCUAAUCUGUCAUCUCUUCAGCCUGUGGGACUUCAUUGAUUGUGUGCCAUAGUGUUGGGGGCACCUUUCACUCUCCUCACCCCCCCCCCCCCCUCUUUCUACCCCUCACCCCUUUCUCUCUCUCUAUCCCUCCCUCCCUCUCUCGCUCUCGCUCCAUUUGAUUUUUCUCGAUGGGAAAGAUUCAAAAACUCCAUUUUCUAAUGAUGAUUUUUUUUGUUGUCGUUUAACAUCCAAACCACGCACGCCGACACACGCACCGCCCCUGCGCGGUGGUGUGGGGAGUGUUUUACGCACCGUCAGCUGCGCAGCCAUCCUCUGUCUUCUUGAACUUUUUUGAACUUUCACCCCCCUCAUGAACUUUUAUUGACCUUCUUCCUCCUCCUCCUCCUAUACCCCCCUUCUGUGUUCAUCCAACUGUUUGGACGAUAACUCUCAUUCCAUCCCCCAAAAAACCCUCUCUGAGACUGUGCAAUGCUAGCUGAUAUGAUUGGAUUUUUUUGUUUGUUUGUUUGUUGCUCAUCAUUGGGGACAAUUCUCUGAGAUAUAAGUCGGAAAAAAAAGAACAAAAAAAAAAAACAUGAAAGGAAAAAAAAAAAAAAAAACAUCCAAAAAAAAGAAAUGCAGACAAACAAAAAAAAGAAAAAAACACUAAGCAACUGUUUCUCCACAAUUUCAUUUUUGUUCUCUCUCAUUGUAAAUAUUCUUGUCAGAUUUUUUGCCGAGCUGUAAAGAGAGAAGUGUUGAGCAGAAAGGGGCCGGCAGCAUAAAGAGGUACUAGUGGACGCGUGGACCAUCACUCUUCAUCCUCUGUAUCCGAUAGUUAGGUCUGCCUGUAUAAUCGGCUAUGCUAGUUCUACUGUGUUAACCUGUGCUGUUGUUAUUAGUGUUGAUUUACCUACUGUAUUCGCUGUUUAGCUUCCUGGUUGCCUAGCAACUCUUUAGAAACCUGUGCUCAUCGAGUAAUAAUUCUAACCUUGAGAAGUAGUCCGAGCCAUUCUCAACGUAGGCUUGUUUUUGUACAUUUGUUGAUGUUUUCCUAGCCGUGAGUUGUAGUGGCGCUAGUAUCUUUUAUCAUCAGCCAUAGUUAUUGAAAUUGCUUGGUCGUGUUAGAUACAUAUCAUCGUGGAAAACGGCUCGACUCGGCUCCUCCAGGUUGGAAAAAAAGAAACCCAGGGAGGUGGACUGAUUUCUUUAAAAAAACAAACAAAAAAAAAAAAGAAUACAAAAGCUCCUCCCGGGCUACAAAAUGAGGACGCUGAGCUGCUAACUUUUGUGCAAUACAGUCCUAGUUUACAUCACAUGACAUGAUAGUUUAGAGACGACUAACGUCUGCAGGGGACGCUCAAACAAUCCCGUCCGACUGCAGAACCCAAACUUGUGACAUAUCUCAUAUAUGGCCUGUACAUCCGAGACAUUUUGAAAGUAUUACCGUGAGAUUCGACUUCCACCAUUUCACCACAUUGCUCUGAGCUCCACUCUUGAUUUAUGCUGCCUGCCCCAUCGCCCUGAGAACACCACAUGAGCUAUUUAUUUCUCAGACUAUUAUUAUUAUUAUACUAUUAAUAAAUAACAACGCAACAAGAAAAAAGGGAACGACUGGAAAAAGGUGAAUUAAUAUUAGUAUUGUUUUGUUUUUAUUUUUUAGUAUUUUAGUGGUUGCUUUUAACAACAUUCAUUAACUGACUUAAAGAGUAUUUGAAUAUUUAAUGUAAUUGUAGCAUUGUGUUUGUAAAGAGAAAAAAAACCUAGUGAGUUGUGUUUCUUGACUUGUGGAUUACCAGUGAAGUGGGCAAUCUAGUGCUAAUAUAUAUGAGGUCUUUUUUUAAGGAUUCUUAUUUUGCGACAGCAACAGCAGUCAUUAUAAAUGUUCAUUUUAGCAUCA